AGAGAGAGAGAGAGAGAGAGAGAGAGAGAGAGAGAGAGAUGGGUUAUUACAUGGGUUUGAUUGGGUGUGUGGUUAUUGGUCUUAUAGCAUCUUUGCUUGAGUGCACUGCUGCCGGUACAACCCAUGUUGUGGGUGGCGAUUUGGGUUGGACCAUCCCAGCAUCGGGAGUUCAGUUCUACGUUAACUGGGCUGCACCCAAGACGCUCAUGAUCGGCGACAUUCUAUCCUUCAAUUUCAAUGCUCAGAUGCAUGAUGUCGCCCAAGUAACAAAGGCUGACUACGAUGCCUGUACUUACGCCAACCCCAUUGGUGCCAUCAUAAGAACAAGCCCGGCAAAUGUUCCUCUCAACACCACCGGCGAGCACUACUACAUCUGCACGUUCCAGGGGCACUGCGCAGCUGGCCAGAAGCUAGCCAUUAAUGUCGUCUCCUCCGGUACUGUCGCCCCAUCACCAACACCAACAGUUACCACUGGGCCAUCAGCCCCACCUACAGGGUCCACUGAACUUCCAUGCCCGCCCGACGUUCCAACUAGCCCAUCUCUCCCACCGAUGGAAUUCACAGGCCCUUCGUCCUCACCGACAAUGAAUCCCAGCUCUGCAUCGUCUCUUGCAGUCCGUUUCGCAGUUAUGGGAAUGAUCACGAUCUUGUCUAUCAUCUUCUUUUAGACACAGUAUCUACUGGAGAGUGUUCACUGAGAGCCCGCGGAUUUCCACAUGUUUUGUUUUGGAUUUGUUUUACUUAGUAGAUCCAUUACCUCGUUAAUCUUAGUUUUGCUGGAUUAUAUGUAUCUCAAUCGACCGACGUAGACACGUGCGCGUGUUUUAAUCUUAGAUUUUUUUAGUUGAUUGUCUGA